AUGGAGGGGAUCAACAAAAGUUCUCUGGAACUAUUCAUCUUGUUGGGUUUCUCUGAUCGUCCUGGGCUAGAGCAUAUCCUUUUUGUUAUAGUUUUAAUUUUUUAUUUAGUUACUUUGGUUGGCAAUAUCACCAUUAUCUUGGUCUCCCAACUAGAUCCCCGGCUGCAAACUCCUAUGUACUUUUUCCUCACCAACCUCUCUUUCCUGGAUCUUUGCUUCACUACCAGUUCAAUACCUCAGCUUCUCUUCAACCUGGGAGGACCAAAUAAGACCAUUAGCUACUUAGGUUGUGCCAUCCAACUCUUCAUGUUCCUUGGAUUAGGUGGUAUAGAAUGUAUUCUCCUGGCUGUCAUGGCUUAUGAUCGCUUCACUGCCAUUUGUAAACCCCUCCAUUACACUGUCAUAAUGCAUCCCCAGCUCUGUGUGCAGCUGGUGGCUGUGUCUUGGGGCACUGGACUCCUUAACUCUCUGGUUAUGUCUCCUAUAACAAUGAAAUUACCUCGAUGUGGAAGACACCAAGUGAAACAUUUCCUGUGUGAGAUGCCAGCAUUAAUCAAGAUGGCCUGUGUGGAUACAGUGGCUAUGGAAAGUACAGUCUUCAUCUUAUCUGUAAUAAUUGUCUUGGUGCCUCUAUCACUUAUUCUUAUUUCUUAUGCAUAUAUUACCCAGACAGUUCUGAGGAUCAAGUCAGCUGCAGGACGAAAAAAAGCCUUCAAUACCUGUGGGUCCCACCUCACUGUGGUCUCACUUUUUUAUGGUAAUAUCAUCUACAUUUAUAUGCAGCCAGGGAAUAACUCCUCUCAGGAUCAGGGAAAGUUUCUUACCCUCUUCUACAACUUGGUGACUCCUAUGUUAAAUCCUCUCAUUUAUACUCUUAGGAACAAAGAAGUAAAAUCAGCAUUAAAGAAAUUAUUUUGGAAAAAAGCAGGCUCGGGUGACAAGUAAGGUGAAGAGAUAGGCACCUAAUAAGGGCUUAUUAUGUACCAAGCAUUGUGCUAAUAGCUAGAAAUGCAAAAACAAACAAACAAAAAGAUCCUUCCUCUCAAGGAUCUUACAUUCUACUGGGGAGACAUAACA